UCAGCGCCAAGGUGGACCAAUCGCACGCAGCCAGGAGAGAGCUGUCCAGCGCGGCGUGGUGCUGAAACGACUCGGAGGUUUUGCGAUUUCAGAGAGCAUCAGGCGAUAGCCUGCUGCUUACUGUGCUCAGCAUCAAUAGCUCAGGACUGCCUUGCGCGAUGAACUCCAUUCUGUUGCUGGUGUUGGCACUACAUCCCAUGCAUGUCACUGCUUUCCAGACCUCCAAAUGCCAAGAGCUGAGAGAGAGAUGUGAAGCUGCAGGAAAUGGAUGCGAAAGUGUCUGGGCUUUGCUUGAAGAAGUUUGUUGCAUUUCAGGCGACAACUACACAGUAAAAGAUUCAACCAACUGUAAUAAAACAGUCAAGUUCUUAGUUGACCAGUUCCCAGAAUUUAAAGACUGCAUCUGCACCAACGAUAACUGCAGUACUACAACGUUGCUUGGCAAGCAAUGUUUCGGGAAUAAAGGGAAAUCAAAGCUUUAUCCGUCCACAGAUGUCCAGUUAGGAUUCCUGCCACAGUCAAAAUUGCAGGAGACGGUGCACCCAGGCAUGUUAGGAACCGACUGUGCAGUUGCAAAGGAAAUAUGCCGAGGAGAUGGCACCUGUUUCUUGCAGUACAAGAAAUUCCAGAGAAUGUGCAGAACCAAAGUAGCAAACUGUAGCCUCCGUAUGGUGGUACAGCAAUGCCUCACAGCAUGGAAGGAGUUAAGGAGAACAGUCCUGGGGAGCUGCAUAUGCCUAGAACCGCUGCAUAAAAGAUGCACUAAAAUAUGGAAGCAUAUAUUUAACAACACAUGUGUACAAUACACCCAGGAAUAUCGAGCCUCUGCCAUUCAGGAGGAAACCUAUACAGGCUUUGAUGCAGAUCACCUGAAAAUAAAAUCAGAGUGGAAGACAUCGUCUCUUUCAAACUACGAAUACAAACAACUGCGCUCCUGCUUCCAAGUCAAAGUGGACUGUGUCAAUGAUGGAGUCUGUAACAGGCAACUAUCUCGCUAUCUUCAAGCCUGCCAAGCUAAUGCAACACAGUGCAAUUGGAAUCGAUGCCAAGCGGCUCUGCGGUCCUUCUAUGAAAACAUGCCUUUGAACGUAGCCCUGGUGUUGACGUUUUGUGAUUGCAUGCCGUCAGAUGAAAACUGCCACCAAGCCAAGGGGUUCCUUCAUGGCACACUGUGUGGAGUCAAUAUGGUCCCAGCUCCUUCAUGCCUCGAUGUAAUUGACACAUGCCAAAGAAACGAGAUCUGCUGGGCCAAGUAUGAAGCAUUUACAUCUAAGUGUUUAAAACCCUUCGCCCAACAAUGCCUCGAAGAUAAAGCUUGUUUCGAAUCUUUGGAUGCAAAUGAUCUGAUGUGUUCUGACAGCGAUGAGUGCCGAGCUGCUUAUGCCGGAAUGUGGGGGUCUGUCCUUCGAGGAGUCGAGUGUACCUGUGACACAACACCACUGGCAAAGCAGACUGCAUGCAAGUGGUUCCAUCAUAUCCUCCACAGCAAAUCCUGCUUCACUCAGAUAUCAGGUGGAAAAACUGACCUUUACUCAUCACGUAUGGUUCUACCGGGGAAAAUACUUCCUGUAACUGGAGAACAGUCUUUAUUUUACACGGACACAAUCGUUAUAAUAAUGAUAUACACCUCUUGCAUAAUCUUGGUGCUGGCGAUAAUCCUGCUGACUUUGUUAAAGACCAGAGCUUGCACAACUGUGUAUCAGGCCAAGACUGUUUUGCGCCCAUUUAUCCGAGAAGCUCAUGAUGCCUCGACGACCGUGGAUCACCGACUGCGUCGAUAAUGCUAUUUCAGGCUCUUCUCAUUAGCCAACCUGGUGCACAUAUGCCAUGAAAUUUCUCUUCAGAGAACACAUGGCCUGUAAUCCUCCUGUUCCACUUCAGCAAACACUGGGCAACUUACUACAGGAGAGGACACCACUGGAGUUGUAAUUGCUUUAUUUGCCUCACUACUGUGUUGAUGUGUUAAAUUUAAGAUUGAGACAUAAGAUAUACUACAGGAUGAGACGUUUUGGCCAUGACAUGUUUCCAGCCCAGCGUUUGCCAUACAACUGUGUUGAAAAUUUCCUCCCCAUUUUUUCAACCAUUCUCUAGCAGUCAGUGAGGAAAUAAAUUGCAUUUGAAAAUUAUCACAGGAAGAGAAAAUAUCUGUGAAAUUCUCCUGGACAGGGUACAACAUUAUGGUGUACUUCUAUUGCUUUUGAGAUGGCCAACGCAUAUUGAAAGUGCUCUUUCAUUCCUUUCACAAAUCCCAGUUCCAGACCCUAGUUUAUUAAUACCUAUGAGGGUUUUUUAACUCUUUACCGUGGCAAAGUCUAAUGUCCAUUAAUAUACAAAAAAGUAUUUUGCCAGAUCGCAUCUCUUUUUUUGCUCACAUUUGUAGCUUUAUGCUGAGAGAGUCACAUUUUAGUCCAAUGCACAGAAAAACAAGUUGUAAAACUUAGCAAAUGCCAAAAACAUACAAAAAUCUACAUUUGAGGCCCAGCCCAAAUGUGCAUUAGCCCUGCAUGUAUAUCACAUUGUAGUUGGAAUGCAAAUGCUAAAACCUGAAUCCCAGGACUUGUGUUACACUUCUGGCGCAGAGGCUGCUGCAACCCUGCUCCUUCCUGCACCACAAGGAAAUUUGAAAGGCGCAGCAGCAACUUCCCCCUGGUAAUGCAAUUUCCUAAGGUUUUACGCUGGCAUGCAAAUGAACCAUGGAAAUGGCAUGAGGGUCCUUUUGGGUGGCCCAAGUCACCUUCUUACACCUGGCAUGGAAAGGAGUGGUACCACUGUGGUCUUCAUAGGUAAAGGUAAAGGGACCCCUGACCAUUAGGUCCAGUCGUGACCGACUCUGGGGUUGCGUGCUCAUCUCGCAUUAUUGGUCGAGGGAGCCGGCGUAUAGCUUCCAGGUCAUGUGGCCAGCAUGACAAAGCCGCUUCUGGCAAACCAGAGCAGCACAUGGAAACGCCGUUUACCUUCCCGCUGUAGCGGUUCCUAUUUAUCUACUUGCAUUUUGACGUGCUUUCGAACUGCUAGGUUGGCAGGAGCUGGGACCGAGCAACGGGAGCUCACCCCGUCACAGGGAUUCGAACCGCCAACCUUCUGAUCAGCAAGCCCUAGGCUCAGUGGUUUAACCACAGCGCCACCUGGGUCCCAAUAUGACUGGUCUUCAUAUGACUGCACUAAUUUUACUGACCCUUUGCAGUUCUUCAUUUGAUAUGCUAUUUUGUGAAAGCACUACAAAUCUGCUCUGUCUCCUGCUGGGAUUGUAAUGAGGCCUUUUCAACCAGCAAACCUUUCUAAAGCAUUAGGACCCUUUCAGAUAUUAUGCUUUAACACUGGUGUGCAGAAUCUCUUUUAGCAAAUCUGCACCAGCAUGCUUUUUGGAUACAGGAUAUAUGCUAUCUCUGAGCUAGGGGAUUUCUCCCCUGAUUCCUUCCUUCCACCACCUCUCCUGCUUGAUAAUUGAUUUGGCCAAACACCUUCUGACUGUGCUUUGUAUCUAUUCUACUGAAAGAGGAAAGGAUCCUUAAUUUGAGAUACAAGUUUACUUUGGGAAACAGUUGAAGCAGCAAAAUACACUCCUUGUAGAGUUAUUGAGUUUUCAUUGGUGUAGGUUUUUUUAUUGCUAUUAAAAAUAAACAAA